UGCGUCUAUGGGGAAGAUGGUAGAAACAUGAACGCCGUAUCAGUCCUAUCUACUCCACCGGCAGCAAGCGAGAGAAAGUGAGAGAAGCUUUCCGUCACCACACCAAAGGAUGCCGGUUUCGCAGAGAGCUCUCGCGGUGACCUUGUUCGCCCUCGUCGCUUGCUCCCUCAUCUACUCGUUCUCGGCCCCCAGGCUCAAUCGCGGCAAGACGGUCCACUUCACUCAAACAUUCAGCGGGCAACGAAGCAACUCAAGCGUUUUGCUCUCCUCGCCUCCAGUCACGCCUCCAGCCUCGCCUCUAGUACCGCCUCCUGCAUUCCCUGCUCCCUCGCCUCCUCCCUUGCCUCAACCGCCAGCUGUCGCCGCGUCAUGUCCCUUGUCUUCGCAAAUAUUCCCAGACCCGCGCCUAGACCACGUUGUCAUAAUAGCAAAGACUGGCAAGGAAACGAUGAACGAGCGUCUCCUUCAGCAAGUGACGACAUUCCUGCCCCGCUUCAGGAAUGUCGUCUAUGUAUCGGAUGCGCCCGGGAGGUUGGGAACCGCUACUAUCCAUGCUUUCCCACACCCGAAACCGUGGCUGAGCGGGUGGGCAAAGGAUGCGCCGAAAUACGUCGGGGGAUAUGGGUUAGCAUGGUCCUUGUUUCCUGACAAGGACUGGUACUUCAUUAUCGACGAUGACACUUAUAUCUUCGCCGAAAAUCUUCUUGCCUUUCUCGCUCCCAUCAACGCCUCCAUUCCCUACCAGCUUGGAUGGGCGUUUUAUGGUGGAGGCUGUAAAAUGGUCGGCGCCUCACGUCCUACUCCAGCCCAUCGCUUUAUACAAGGUGGUGGGGGCAUCCUCGUCUCUCGCGGUGCUUUCCGCGAGUUUCUACCCGCCCAGCAAGAGUGCGCUGAGAGGACCGCCACUUGUCUGACAGGGGACCAGGCCAUUGGGGCAUGUCUGGCUUACUUGGGAGUCGCCCCUCCUGAUGUGGAUCAUCCAUUUGGAUUCUUCAUGCACGAUUGGAGAGCCGGCUCGCCGCGUUUCAAUCAACCCGGCGUUGACCCCCCAGAGUUUAUUUGGGCGGAAGACCCGUGUCGUUCGCCAGUCACGGCCCACCGCAUGCGCGAACAUGACGUUCAAGACGCCUUCGACGCGGAAAUGGCUACGGAUCCUAUCCGGAAACCCCAUACAGCACCCACUGCGGCUAGCGAGGAAACGAAAGCCGGACCAUCAUGGGGCGGAUGGGGCCGGACGACAUUUGCCGACCUCAUGGAAUUUCAACUGUUCCGCCCCGAGACGGUCAUAGGCGGUCGCUAUUGGUACAAUGCAACAGAAGACACGACGGCAUCGACCGCGCAAAAAACGAUCAUCAACAAUUAUCGCAUCGUCAUGGAAGGCAAAAAGGAUAUCCGCGACAGUAUAGCCUGGGACGGAGAUUCGCUGGCGGCGGAACUGAAUGUGAAGAACAUUCCAUCUUGCAUCCUCCUCUGCGUAGAGAAGCCCAGAUGCCUCGCGUUCCUCUAUGAACCGUCAACCAAAACAUGCAAGGUUUAUUCAAGACUUGGUGGCCGCUCCAUCAGAAUCGGCGUGGCGAGUGGGGUCAUUCGGGAACGGUAUCAAUGUCAGCUUAGCUUGCCGCCGUUUGUCGAGCAAUAGGCAGAGUAGCAUAGAAUAGCA